CGAAGGCGGUUCUCACGCGGCUCACCUCGCGGAUAACAGAGUAUCUGCGCUCGCCGAGAUACGAAUUUACGUAAAGUUCGCUGGCCAAUUGGAAGUGCGCGUGCUGGCUUUAAAAGCGGAAGUUAAAAGUUUUCUUUGGGCCAUAAAACACAAUUAAGAGUGCAAACAAAAGUGAACAAAGUUACCCAUGUAAAUGCAAACAGAGAACGCAGCUUUAAAGAUUUUAUUGGCCCUUUGUGAGUGUAAUUGCCUUGAUUGAUAGCCGUUGACAGCGACUUUCGCACCCCCGCCCAAGGAAAUUCCAGCAAUUAUAUUGAAAGCUGUCUGAAAGUGUGACCAAAGUGCGUUAGAAUUCAAUAAGUGAAGAAGAGGAAGCAGCCGGGGGCUCAUCCCCACUUUUUAACGCUUUGUCAAGCGUGAGAAUUGAGGAAUUUUCAAUUAAUAUUACACACCGCAUCGGUAUAAUUACAAAGACGGUUGCAAAGUGCGCACUCACUGCAAAUUAAGCAAUCAUCAUAAAGGAUUAAUUGAGCCUGAAAUAAAUUCCUUGACAAAGGUCCGUGCUGAAAAGUUGGAAAUAUCUGUGUUGCAAGUGUUCAUCUAUAAAGAGAACGAUGCUAUAAUUGCCAUCAGGCAGACGGACGACUCCCACUGGAGGACACUUCAUCUACAGCCAGAGCCUCUUCAGUUGCCAAGAUGUCGGACAUCAAAUGGUGGUAACAUCUUCGCACCGCAAACUGGUCAACAAAUAAUUAUAGAGACGAGACGAGGUUGAGCCCACAAGAAGCAAACACAAAAUGGCUGAGCACACAGGAGUGACCACAACAACAAGGCGGAGGAGGCCGUGGCGGAGUGGAGGUGGCUCCAUCCCAGUGCUGCUCCUCCUCCUGGCUCUCGUGAUCCUGCCCCUGGAGUCCUCCGCCUUCUGCCCCUCGAAGUGCCAGUGUCUGGGGGGCGAGGCCAACAGUAGAGCCCUGUGUGUGGACGCCGCUCUGGAGGAUGUGCCCAUCCAGCUGAAUCCGGAGACGAAGUACAUCAACCUCACGGUGAACCGGAUACGCAACCUGGAGUUCUCGCUCCCCUUCUACAUGAAGCUGGAGAUCCUCGACCUCUCACAGAACAUCAUCGAAACGCUGGGCUCCAAGAACUUCGAGUACCAGUCGGAACUGAGAACCCUGAACCUGAGCAGGAAUCUGGUCAGCUCCCUGCACAAGCACGCCUUCAAGGGCCUGACCAACCUGCUGCUCCUCGAUCUCAGCUUCAACCGCAUCGAGACGGUGCAUCCCACCGCCCUCAGUGAUCUGGCCGCCCUGGUGGAACUGGAUCUCACGAACAACAAUAUCGUCAGCCUGGAAGACAACUCCUUCAAGGGCAUGAACACCCUGGAGGUCCUCGUGUUCCGGAACAACCGGUUGCUCGACGUUCCGGCCAGCAAUCUGUGGCAUCUGCACGCCCUCAAGAGCCUCGAUAUGUCCCUGAACCUGGUAGAGUUUGUCCGGAACGACAGCUUCGAGGGGUUAAAGGAGCUUCUGGCCCUCAGCCUGCAGGGCAAUGUGAUGAGCGAACUAGACCUGAGCGCCUUCGAGGGACUCAUAUCCUUAAAGCAUCUGGAUCUUUCGGAUAAUAAUUUAACGAUGGUGCCCACACAGCAGCUCUCGAAACUUUCGAACCUCACCUAUCUGAACCUGGGUGGAAAUCGCUUUUCCCAGCUGCCCGCCGUCGCCUUCCUCAACUUGUUUCAUUUGCGCGAAUUGCACUUGAGUCGACUGGACUAUUUGCAGCGCAUCGAUUCGAGAGCCUUUGUGGACAACACCCACCUGCAGACGCUGCACCUGAACAACAAUCCCCAGCUGGGCGACAUACCGAUGCGCCUGUUCCAGGGCAAUCCCAACAUCCUAGAGGUCUACAUGCAGAGCAACAGCCUGCAGACCCUGUACUCCGCCCAGUUCCCGGUGGACCAGCUGCAGAAGCUCUAUCUGGGGGACAACCCGCUGCAGUGCAACUGCUCACUGCUGUGGCUCUGGCGAUUGGUGACCGGGAACUUCGAGGGAGUGGACCCGGGAAUGGAGCACGCAGCCGGCGGAGCAGUGGCCGCCCUGGCCAAGGAGGCGGAUGACGAGGAGGAGCAGGCGGAUGAGGCAACCGCCGUGGCCUCCACCGACGACGGGGUAGCGGCUCUGGCUGCCUACAUAGCCGAGCAGCACAUAGUGAAUGCCCUGCACACCACCGAGCCCAGUGCCUACGAGCUGGCCACCUCCUCCUCCAACAGGAACUCGGGCAUCCUGCGGAUGGACCGCCAGCAGAUCGGCUGCGACAUCUGGCGGGACAAGGUCAGGACGAGGCGGCAACUGCUCGCCAUGAGCGAGGGCGAGAUCACCUGCCCCGCCCAUAUUGUGACCGUGGUCUGCGCGGUGAUCACCUGCCUCCUGGUAACCAUGAUCGGGGUCAGUGUGCUCUACUACCUGCGGUUCGUGAAGCGUCGGAGGAAGCUGCUCCACGAAAGGGGUCCUUUGAGGACCAGCAAGAGCAUCAUCAACGUGCACGAUCGCAUUCUGCAGGGUCACAAUGCCGGCCUGGGAAUGGGCAUGAGCAUGACCCUGGGCGGCGGCAACCACGUCAAUGGAUUGGGAAUGACCCUCAACUACCCCCAUCACGCCCAGACCCUGCAGGCCCACCACCACUACCACCAGGCCAUGCCCUUGCAGGGGUCCCAUGGUAACAACCAUGACUACCAGCAGACGACUCUGCCCCAACUGGACAAGCUGGAACUGGAGCGCUACCUGGCGGCCCAGACCAUAGCCAAUGAGUACCGGGCCUUGAAACCCUGGGAACUGCCCGUCAAGGAGGCGGAUGACGAGCCGGAGCAUCUGUACGAGCGGUUCGACCACUACGAGUAUCCGGACACCCACACCAUGAGCAAGCUGAAGCAGGCGGCGGCCUUGAACCACUCCACCACCACCUCCUCCGGCGGCCCCUCCCCCGUGCCCCCCUCCUCGGGAAAGCCACACGUGGUCUACGUAUGACGUGGGCGUGGCAAGGGCGAACGGGUGUCCCACAUGGGUACGGAUAUCGAGAUGGUCGGACUGAACCACCAUGGUUACCCCAACCACAAUAACAAUAACAACUACAGGGGCUGUGUACAGAGCGCCAAGGCCAGUGGUCAGUUCUGAACGGGCUAAAUCGAGGGGGUUUACUCAAGCAAAAACAGGGAAAGUGAGAGGUUAGGCUAAGACGAGAUUAAGGGAGGAUAGACCCACUAAAAAUUGGACCUUUGGGGGUGAAUUUCGAUGAGUUAGUAUUUGAAAUCUUAUUUAAGAGCUUUCAGUCAGAUAAAGAUAAAUGACAACCGUUAACAUGACAUUGAGAUAACGGUCCUAACUAGCAAUUUAUUUUAACGCUCUGAAAUCGCAAUUCUUGACUGGUGUCAGAUUUUGUGAAUAAAACCUAGAUUGGAUUAGGACUAAAAUGAAUUAUGACUUUAUGAACAACAUUUAAGGCCAAUCAAGUAUCACUGAAUUAUUUUAUAAAGAAAGCAAACUGCUCACUCAUCGAAAUUCUCUGCUAAAACACCAUCAUAGUGAUUUAGGUUGGAUUAUUUUUUUUCGACUAAAAUACAACAAAGUUUAACAAGCGUCAAAUGAAACAAGGGAUAUGUCUACGUGUAUAGCAAGCAUACAAAUAUUCUUAAUGACCUACGGAUAACAGAUAACAGAUAUAUUAGAUAUGUACACUAACCGCUAGACUAAGAAACGAAUACGAUUUCAAAGAAACCUUUUUGCUGGCCCCCGACUAAGCUAAGCUGCAUUAAAAAUCUCAAAUCACUAUCUUUCUCUCCCACUCAUAGUUAAAAUGGCAUUUAGCAUUCGAAUACUCUAGAUAGCAUUUAGUGAGUAAGCUUACAAGUGAAUUUAAAUAUAUAUAUGAGUAUAUAUUAGGUUUAACUAUGGAGGGUUAUGGGUUUUCCUGAUUUGUUUCUCGAAAUUACCGAAUAUGUCUUCAGCACUUGGGUUAUAUUUGGAAAAGACACAGACUUUGGCAGACAAAUAACCUAAUGGGGACCAAAUAGUCCAGUCCAGCCUAGAACUAACUGAAUGAAUCCAGCUGCCAAAGAGGUCCUUUUCCCAUCCAUUGGCCCGCUGAACCGUAUUCCCAACCAUAAUUCCUAACUUUAGCAAAAACAUCUCGAAUGACAAUAUACAAAAAUUAAGAGGAAAACUAAAACAUUAAAUUAUAUGAAACACCUAUACUAACUUAUAUGUAUCUUAGUGAGCCCGAACUCAAAGUUGACGAAACGAUAAAUAUAAUUUGUAAAUAUAUAUAUCCCCCUAUGAUGGAGCACUCUGCGAAGUGCUUCUGCGUUUAUGUGUAAAUAAUUUAUGGAAUGCAUUUAAAAACAUUAGUCAAGUGCAUAGAUUAUUGAUUUAAGAAUAAAUGAUUUCCAAAAGCAAUAACUCAGAAUCAAA